GGCAUGUACAAUGCUCUCACUGGAAUGGGAGGCUCUGGCCAGGUAGACGGUACUGUUGCUGCGAAUUCGAAUGUCGCGACUCAUGCAUGCACGGCUGGCGCGGCCCUGGUGCUAGUGGGCGCAUUCUACAAAUACCUUGGUCCUCGAUUAUCUCUUCUUAUCGGAGGAUGGACCUAUGCUUUAUAUGCAGGGUCCUUACUGCACUUCAACAGAACGGCAAACGGUGCAUUUGUAAUUGCAGCUGGUGCGAUUCUCGGUCUUGGUGCCGCUUUCUUUUGGGUGGCCCAAGGUACGAUCAUGGUUACCUAUACCAAUGACAACACCCGUGGACGAGCCAUCGCUCUCUUUUGGGUUGUUUUCAACCUCGGAGGAGCUAUAGGCUCUCUUGCCAGUUUCGGGUUGAACUACCACUCCAAAUCUGGCACUGUGACCGACUCCACCUACAUUGCCUAUAUCGUUGUUAUGCUGUUUGGGUGGGCUCUAUCGGUGUUUGUGUGCUCGACGGAGUCACUGUCUCGUAAAUACCACGGCAGUAGGAUCUCACAGGACUCAAAGACCCUCAACUGGUCCAACCUCAAGCGUUCGAUUAUGCAGACAGUCAAGAUUGUCUUCGACUGGAGGGUUAUGUGUCUGUACCCCAUGUUCUACAAUGCCAAUGUGUUCUAUUCAUACCAGCAGAAUACCGUGAACGGCAAGACCUUCAACCUGCGCACACGCUCGCUCAAUGGCGCAUUGUACUGGAUCGCUCAAAUGGUGGGAGGGCUUCUGAUGGGCUCUGUCCUAGAUCUCAAGGGGAUCAACCGCCGAGCCCGAGCAUGGAUUGGCUGGGCAGUAUUAUUUGUCACAGGGAUGGCAAUCUGGGGAGGAGGCUACAAGUUUCAAGUCUGGAAUGACCAGCAUAUGCAGCUCGGCUUCAAACAGGACAUUGACUACAAAGCUGGUAGUCAAUAUCUCGGCCCGAUGUUCUUGUACUUUUUCUACGGCGCCUAUGACUCGUUUUGGCAAUCGUAUUGCUACUGGAUUAUCGGGGCGCAGUCCCAGAAUCCUGUAGUCAAUGCCGUGAUUGUUGGCACUUACUCUGCUCUUAAGCCUGCGGGGGGAGCCAUGGCUUGGCGAAUCAAUGCGAACAAGCUCAAUGCCAUGUCCGAAUUUGCUAUGAAUUGGGGACUUUGCAUUGGUAGCCUUUUGGUGGCAGUUCCCGCCGUGUUGACGCUAAGAAAGGGGAAAGAAAAUGCGGAAACAGACCACUGUUGAACCGGUAGUAACUAAUGGCUAUAGGCCAGAAGGCGCUUCUGAUGAGUGAAGGACUUAUGAACAAGAUAUGGUUUCCCGCCGGUAAUUUUUGACAAUGUUAUUGGUCCUAUUGGCCGAGAGAAUCUGUAUGCGGGGAUUCAGUGGAUGCUCGUGCCUUCAU